CGCGCGCGACGCGCGAGACCGGCGACGCGCGAAACCGGCGACGCGAUCCGCGCGCGGCGUGAGAACGUUCCGCGAACGACGCGUGCGAACUUUCGACGCGUGCGAACGACGCGAGCGAACUUUCGACGCGUGAGAGUCGCGAGCGAGGACGAAAGCGCGCGGGAAAAGCGGCAUGACGUCGUCUUCGAAGGGCUCGCGCGAUGGUGGCGUCGCGCGGCGCGUCGCGGUGUUCGCCGCGACGGCGAUCGUGGCGUACGCGGUGGCGGGCGUGGCGACGACCAGAGAGGGACUGGCGCGAGUGGUGCUCUCGACGACGAAGACGAACGAUGGACGCGCGCCGAUGUGGGCGAAGGAAGGACACGCGCCGCUGAAGGCGUUCUUCAACGAUGCGAUGGCUGACGCGCCGACGGGAUUGACGCGCGACGAGCGCCGCGCUGCGCGGGCGCUGCGCGCCGCGCGCAAAGCGGCGCGCGCCGGCAACGGGCAAUCGGAGACGACGUUCACUCUUUCAAAGUCGUGGAAGUUGCAUCGCUUGGCCAAGCUCGGGAUCACGGAGGUAUUGACGGAUGAUGACGAAGAGCCGAACGCGCUCUCCGAUGUGUCGUUCACGAGCGCGCAGACCAAGGGCGCGCAGACGGCGUUUGAUUUCUCGGAGGAGGAAGCAGAAGCCGCACCACAAAAUCAAACUGAAGAUUUUCUCGCGGACAAUUACGACGCUGAAGAAAAGAUCGAGACUAGCGUUGAUUCGGUGAUUACCUCGUCGCCGGAUGCGGUGUUUGCGGCACAGUUUGGGAAUCACACAUGUGUACAACAGUGCGCCGACGACGCCGACGUCGCGCAAAUCAUCGGCGGUUCCGGCUGCACUGCGCUUCAAGCGAACGACAACGUUUUCAAGUGCUUGAACGAAAAGUGUUCAUGCGAGGAAGCCGUGGCUUUACACGAAACUUUGCUCUACGUUUGUGACGCGAAUGAGGUUGGGAAGAACUUUUCAUUCGUUCGACUCAACCAAUUCUACGUCGACACUUUGGAUGACGCGAUCGACGAGUGCCAGGUCACCGAUCUUCUUGACUCAGUCGUUUCUUCUCAGAACACGUACUGCGACAGUAACGAAGAUCAAGACUCGACUAUCUCGAAUGUCACCGCCGCUGCGCUGGGUCAAGGAUGCCACCGCGGCGGCGACCGCCCAAAGGUGGCCAAUUGCAUAGUCCACAAGUACUACUUUGCACGCUGCGACUACUGGGCCGGUUGCAGACGCGGAUGCAACUCCUGGGAUUAUCCCAUCCGUUGGAAGCAUUGCGGCUGGUGCUGUCAUCGAUGUGUAAACUUCCCGUGCGGGGUGCAUUGCCGUUGUAGAUGUCGGCGCUGGCGCUGUCGCUGCAGCUGCCACACGAGAUGGUGCCGUCGUUGCUGGCAUUUACCAACGUAUCGACCGAGGUGCCGCAAGGAUAGAUAUUAUCGGCAAAAUAAAUGCGAUAUUUGCUCGCCCGGCUACCGCGUAACACGCAAUGGACGAUGUCAACUUUACGGAUGGAUUCAAGCCAUAGUCGACGGCAUCAACGCCGUGAAGCAAGGGAUCAAAUACAUCAAAAAUGUCAUCCCGAACACAAUUGACAACAUUAAGAACAUGUUCACGAACGUCAAGACGCAAGCGAAUACGGCGGUUACGAAACUGACAGAGCUCGCCGAUCAAAUCGCGCAGAAAGUGACGGAUCUCGCCGAUGAAGUGGUUUCCAGUGUCAUCUUCAUCAAGCCGGCGACUUUCUUGCAAGCAAUCGAGAGCGCCCUCCUUUCGUGUGACAACGCUCAAUCCGCGCUCGGCUCCACCAAAAUCAGCGCACAUGAAGCAACGUCCCUUGGAUUGCUCGAUCCGGCGAAUUCACACGUGCUUGAGGAAAAGCUUGGUGAUAUUUUUGGCAAAUCCCGUAGCGGAGUUUCUCCCAUCCAAGAAUGGCGGUCUGAUGAUACGUCUUCGCUCGGAGUCGGACAGUGUGUGGCUCAUUGCGGCGCUGGGAUGUGUCUGCCCACGACAAUACCGGCAAUGACAUACGAAACGCCUGAUCACGGUAUGCCCUUUCCGGAUUCUAUCCAUUUGGUCAAAUAUAAGCCGGACGCGGUGAUCGUCAACGUGGCGGCGAACCCCGUCUCAGUAUGCGUCAAGAUGACGGAAUUCAGCAUCCCUACGACCGCCGCCGAAUCAAUCGUCAAUGCUCUGGUUGAUCAAAUCAAACCAAUCCUACUCGCUGGCGUCGAUGAAGUCAAACAGUGGGGGAAGAACGCCGCAAAAGGCAUGAAAAACGCAGCCGUCGCCGUCGAAGACGGCGCAAACGACAUGGCUGGAUUUGUCCAAGGGAUCCCGGAUAAGCUCAACAAUCUGGUAGGUCGACGUCGGUUACUCGCCGAUGCCACGCCGUCAGACCAAGAUCUCAUCGACGUCUCGUUCGCGCUCGGUCGUCUGAUGGCUCAGCAAAACAGGCUUCGUGAAAAAACCGAAGCAGACGUCAGGCUCUCCUUGGAUGAGCUCCGAGCGAGGCUCCAAGCGCUUCCGCACUUUUCGCACGCUCAUCCGACGCACAAGGGCGCGGCAAAUCACGCAACGGCCAAUCUUGGUGGUAAUUUUCUCAGUGACGCGAGCGACGGACUCGUGAACGCGAUGAAGCUCGCCUUCCAAGACAUGAAGAACAUGAAGAUGAUUGCUCGCUCGACACUGGUCUUGGAUUUGAACGUCGAGUUCAACACCGAUGCGACUGCCUAUCGUUUCGACGAUCUCUUGAACAACGGUGAAGGGUACACGAUGAUGAUCGAUCAAAGCAUCCCGAUCGGUCUGGGGUUCACCAUCGCCAUCACCGGUCGGCUUGAUGUUAAGAUGCCUUACUACUUCAUCGCAGAAAGUGCCGGUAACUUUGCCUACAACGUGGCGUCGAACGAUUUCUGGGUCGAGUUCGGCUCCGACGAAGGUAGCGGCGUGCUGAGACUUAACGACAACCCGCAGGUGACUAUCACGCCGUCUGGCACUGGGCAAAGCUCGGUAUCGUUUAAGGUAUCGACUACUCUUCGUGCGAGUGAUUUCAAGGUUUCCGUGUGCUUUGGCGACAUCAUUUGCUCUGGCAUCGAGGCGCAGUUCUUCCAAAGUGUCAGCGCUGGCGCGGACAGUCUAUCGGCUACGACGGAUGAGGAAUGUUUCAAUGGCGCGACGGAAUUCAAAGCCAUGUUCGCCGACACCUUCACCGGGUAUUACGACGAAAACAGCGGCGAGUGCCGACUGCGCCAACGCGGCAGCAUCAACGCCGCCGGUCAAUACGUCGAAAUCCCCAAACCCGAUGUUAACGUUGCCUUCACCACCGUCGUGCUCGGUGACAAGGAUUGUGUCAGUCCCGUCUCGCUCUACGAAUACUCCGCCCGCGAGUCUUGGCUCUCGGACGCACAGAUGGCUACUUUAACCAGCAAAACGUGCGCGGCGCCGGCUGACGGCGACGGCGACUUUGUCACGUCGUCGUGUUCGGCAUGCGACACCGCCCGCGCGCAGGGCUGCCACUCAUAGCGUUGUGACGCACAAUUUUCACACGCGCAAAGAUCUCGAUUGCGCUUUUCAUUUCGUC